CUACUUUCACUUUAGGCUGGAAAAUGUAAGAAAACGAUUAUGUCGAGCGACAAUAACGUCGAAGAAUCGACGGAAUACUCAAAGUAUGGAAUCAAGGAUGCCCCCAAGCCAGCGAUCGCCACGCCUCUUGGUCAGACCAGGACCUGCGCUGGUUUGGACGCCAAGGAGACUGUGUUCCUGGUAGUCAGUAUUGUAAAUAUUUUGACAGCGCUGGGACUGACUCUUUAUCGCUUCAUCACCGUCAUCAAGGACGGCAAUUCGGACAGUUCUGAUUUUACGUUUGCACUCAUUCUCAUUAUAAAUGGAGUGUUCUGUAUAUUUUACGCAUUUCAUGGCCUGCUGCGAGAGAAGAAGUACGAGCUAUAUGUCCUGAUACUGGCCAUCCUUGUUGUGCUGGUGUACUGUGUUGUGGAGUACAUCGUCAAUGUUGAUGGAAGGAGUACACUAAAACUGGUGAGGAUGAUUUUAGCCAUUGUACUGGCUCCCCCCAAUAUCGUCCUAGCGUGGUCAGUGGCCAGACACUUUGGUUAUUUAACAUUCAGAAUUGUUGGAGCAUCUGAAUACCUACAGUAUUUGUACAAACAAGCCUCAAUCUUUUCCUCUAUGUUGAAGUUCGAUAUCCAAGUUACAGCAAGCUUCGUAAUUUUGGUUUUGAAAGAUGGAACAAAACUUGAUGUGUUCCAGCAGGUGGCGCUGUCUGUGGGACUGCCAUACUCUGUGCUGUGGAACAUCUUUGGUUGGUUCACUUUGAGAAGAGAAUGGAGGGCAGCUGCCUGGAUCUUUGCUUUCCUGGGUCUGGCAAAGCCCACCUACUACAUCUACCAGAUCAUCCAUGAAUAUCAAAGGUUGGAUGACAAAGACACGGAUAAAGGAGAAAUCCUAGUAUAUUCCACACUGGUAGCAGGAACACUAGGUCUACUGCUGUGGAUACUAAUUAUGAUAGAACUGAAAACGGUCUACAAAAAUUUUGGAAAAGGACUUAAAGAGAGAGCAUUUGAUGUUUUAGCCACAGAAAACACCAGUCUGAUCACAGGCAGAAGAGUACAUCGCUGACAAGUCUGCUGACAGGGCACUUGUUUGUGUGUCAGUCAAACUCGUGUAAUAGAGAUUACAAGUCAGAUAUAGAGCAUAAUUACCAAUCUACGCCAUAUUUUACUGUUUGUCAAUAUAGAUGGUGGAUCCAGUACAGAAGCCAUUAUUUAGUCACUAAAUAUUGUUAUGCUGGGUACUUUAUAUUUUUAUAUAUCAGUUACAAAUGUAAUGAAUAAUCUUGUUGAACUAGUUAUUGAUGUGUGUAUGUUUUUAUACAUGUAUUAUAAGCCCGUAUUUUUUAAUUUUUAUCCUUUUAUUUGUGAACGGUUCCAGGUCAAUUUGUAAUGUAGAGUGAAACUCUUUUAUUUAGAUACUGUAAAUGUAUUACAUUUAGCUGUGUAUUCUAAUUAGCCCAUUUGUCAGAAAACAGCUUCUGCUAAUUCAAGUACAGUGCUGAAUGUCUUGCACAUACACAUAAAUAAGAACAUUUAGAAAUGAGCUAAAUAUGCUAACUUGUUCAAAAAAUUAAUAUAGAUGUAAAACAUCAUACAUGUUAAAAUGAUAUAUUUACAGUGUUUGAAUACAAUGUACAAAAUAAAGCCAUUAGUUUGAACAAUUUUUUUCAAGAAGUAGACUAGGUUAUUGUUUAGGAAAGGGAAUGUUUUGUUGACGGCAAUUGCUUCUUGUCCUUGGAGCGUGGAACAAACUUAGACUUAAGUCAAUUUUCAAUUGUCUGUAAGAUGUUCAUUAUUAAUGAAAUGAAAUUCUUCAUUUGCAGACAAAAUCAGUUUGAUGAUGCGAUGGUAAUAGCAUUUUUAUUUCAACUUCUAAAUAAUUUCAGUGCAAUAUGCACAUUUCAAUGUCAGUUUAAGAUGUUACAUGGUCUCGGGGACUGGCCAUAUUGUUAGUCAAUAAUGUCAACUAAAUAGCAGAAAUUCAUAAGAAAGAAAUUGCAAAAUAUUUUCUGUUAUGUUUUUAGAGGAUGUGUAUCAGAUCAAAUAAUAUGUGAGCUUUUUCAUUGAAGGCCACUAGGAGCUGAUUUAGAUUUCUGUUAAACUGUGAACCCUGCAUACAUGUUGAACCCCUCACUGAUGCUUUUUUUAAAAUUUGUUUUGAGAAGUCAAAGUCUUAAAAAAUAUCACAUAGAUGUAGCAUGUGCAAUUUGUCCCAAAAAGAUUUUGAAUAUUUUAAUGAAAAAAUAAUUUUUUUUUCUGUUGCUUUAAACAACAUUGUUUACAGAAAAUCUAUCUUUGUUCACUUGACAUUUUGUUUGUAUUUAAUUAUCACAAGAUACAUGGGUUAUAGGUUAUAAAAAAUAAUGCAGACUUGACCUUAAGGUUCACCAUGAUUGUGUUUAAGUAUUAUUUUGAAAUGUAAAUUAUGUAUAAUUAAGAUGACACAACAAAAAUAAUCAUGUAAAAGGCUUUUCAGCUUCAUUUUGUGUUAGUUCAAAGUUAUUUUGGAGAAUUUGUUUUUUUUAACGUCAUUAGAUACUAUAAACUUACAUGUAAGACAAUUCUUCUUACAAGACAGUAAGUACAGGAAUGGAUUAUUGUACAUUGACUUUAUAUUAUUUGAAUGUGUGUUUCAGUUAAGUGCUAGCACUGUACAAGUACCUGAAGUACCAGAAUCGACUAGGGUAGCACUGAGAAUGCAAAAUAAGUUAUUGCUAAAUUAAGGGCAAAUAAAACCCAUCACUUGAA